UAAAUGUCAGUUGUCAGUUGUCACACAAUAUUUUUAGGUUAUAAUAUUAUAGUGGGAAUAUUUCAAUUAAAAUAUUAGUUUCUAUUUGAUUUCAUAUCAGAAAAUGGCAUUAUUAAAGAAUAUAUCGAUCAGAAGUAUAAUAUCGAAUACUCAUCGAAUUGUGUUGGCAAACAUUCGCUCCACAUCCACGGCUGUAGUUGACGAAGAUGCUCCCGUAGAAAUGGAGAAUCCAUUCAAAAAAGAAGCCCGUCAAUGUAUUUUGUGCAAGAUGAAUAUAACACCAGAUUAUAAAAACUACAGGCUCCUUUCUCAGUUCCAAAGCCCAUAUACUGGCAGGAUAUACGGAAGACACAUAACUGGAUUGUGUAAAGCAAAACAAGCUGCAGUGGAAAAAGAAAUUCGGAAAGCCCAAAAUUGUGCUUAUAUGCCAUACUACUACAAAGAUAAAUCUUUCUUGAAGGACCCCAAGCUGUUUGACCCUGAAAACCCAGUUCGUUCACAUAGAUUUUAGAAUAUUAUAAUGUUGUAGUGUAAUGUAUAUAGUAAUAAAGUGUUUGUAUUUAGA